GUAGAGAAGCCACGUGCAAGUUGUUCUACGGAGGAGUUAGAACCGGACGCAGCAAAUCAUUCCUCCUCCUUCCCCUGCACUUCACUGAAGCCUUCUUCAACAGCUUAGGGUUCCAAAUUUAAAUUCCAGACCUUUUGAAUUGAUUCCGCCAAUGGCGUCCCAUAACCACCUCGAUGAUGACCUCGAUUUUGGUGGAGAUUUCGCCGGUACUAGGCGUUCAGGUACCAAAAGAAGCUUUGGAGACCUUGACGAUGAUGAAGACGAUAUUUUUGGCUCUAAAAAGGGUAACUUGAAAGUAGAAGAAACAGCACCCGGUGCAGCGACGGGGAUGAUCUUGUCUCUUCGUGAGAGUCUUCAGGACUGUAAAGACACCCUUGCAUCAUGUCAGACAGAACUUGAAGCUGCAAAAUCUGAAAUACAAAAGUGGCGGUCUGCGUUUGAAAAGGAGUCUUUCAUACUACCUGGCAUGACACCUGAACCCAAGUUUGUGGUCAGUUAUCUUCAGAACCUCAGAUCAUCAGAGGAGUCAUUGCGUGAACAGUUGGAAAGAGCAAAAAAAAAGGAGUCUGCAUUUAUUGUGACUUUUGCCAAAAGAGAGCAGGAGAUAGCUGAGUUGAAGUCUGCAGUUCGGGACCUUAGAGCUCAACUCAAGCCGCCAUCUAUGCAGGCACGGAAGCUAUUGCUAGAUCCAGCUAUUCAUGAAGAGUUCACUAGACUGAAGAAUUUGGUUGAGGAGAAGGAUAAGAAAGUGAAGGAGUUGCAUGAUAACAUUGCUGCAGUCAAUUUUACCCCACAAAGCAAAAUGGGGAAGAUGCUAAUGGCUAAAUGUAGGACACUGCAAGAGGAAAAUGAAGAGAUUGGAAACCAGGCUAAUGAAGGAAAGAUGCAUGAAUUAACAAUGAAACUGGCUUUGCAGAAGUCUCAGAAUGCUGAACUCAAAAGUCAAUUUGAAGGCCUGUGCAAGCAGAUAGAGGGACUGACAAACGAUGUGGAAAGAUCAAAUGAAAUGGUACUAAUCUUGCAAGAGAAACUUGAAGAGAAGGAUGAAGAGAUCAGUAAGCUGAAGGAAGAGCUGAAUGAAAGAAACACUGUGAUGGAGAAAACCGAAUUAACUCCUGAUAAAACUGCCAGUGAUGAGGGAAUGACAGCUACAGAAGCACAGGCAGAGAAUGAGUAGGCUACUGGAAUUAGACUAGUGCUAUUUGUAUGGUAACACAUCUUAUUUUUCCUUUCCAACAAAAGUUUUGUUUGGUCAUUGCGUUCGGUGCUUUACCUUCAUAUGUGAAGCUACUCUUUAUCGAUUAAUUAUUUAUCCAUAAAUGGUACAACAACAAAGCAAAUGGAAGAUGAAGCCGCCGACCUGACAACAAGAACACUCACUUCCAAAUGCACUUGUAAAGUAACAAGGCAUGACCAUAUCUACUCAACUGAUAAGCUGCAGACAGUCAUACCAACUGGUAGCUGCAGUUCGUGUAUUUAGUUCCCUAUCCAUCACACCAGCACCAGUAUGUUCUCUUUUGGGUAACAUUAGAGAAACGCAGAACAUUUUUACAAGUAUUAACUUGCAAUUUGGCCGAUGUGUUAUUGUGUGGCACUGUGAGGGUUGUUCUUUUUGUAAAGUGUAGCCAAUCUAGCUGUGGCAAAGUGCAUCGUUAAAUCA